AUGGCAGAACUAGGAGGACUGAAUGAUACUGAAGUAACUGAAUUUGUCCUCAUUGGUUUCUCUGGGAAACCCAAGACCAGGAUGGGUUUAAUCGGCUUUAUGGCAAUUGUCUAUUUGGUGACUGUAAUAGGAAAUGGAGUCAUUGUGUUGGUGGUCAUAAUUGAGACCCAGCUCCACAACCCAAUGUACUUUUUCCUUUGCAACCUAUCCAUACUUGAUAUCUGUUUUUCUACAUCUUCAGUCCCACAAGCUAUCAUCAAUGCUUUGGUGGAUAGGCCUGUCAUGUCCUUUUCCAUGUGUUACACUCAAAUGUAUGUUGGUGUCUAUUUUGGGACAACUGAAUGUUUCCUGCUAGCUGUCAUGGCUUAUGAUAGAUAUGUUGCUAUCUCCAAUCCCCUGCGUUAUAUGAUCAUCAUGAACUGGAAUGUUUGCAUUAUACUGGCUGUUUUCGCAUGGGCAGUUGCCUUCACAUUAUCCAUUCUUCCUGGCAUUGCUAAUCCAGUACGCUUCUGUGGUCACAAUGAGGUGGAUAAUUUAACAUGUGAGGUCACUGCUCUCAUGAGAUUGGUUUGCUCAGAUACCUCUGUGAAUCAACUGGUUAUGUAUUUUACCAGUAGUUUUAGCCUAGUUUUCCCUUUCUGUUUUAUCCUCUUUUCCUACAUGCGUAUUAUAGUGGCCAUUCUGAGAAUCCAUUCAUCCAGUAGUAGAAUGAAAGCCUUCUCAACCUGUGGGUCUCACUUGGCUGUAGUCUGCCUCUAUUAUGGAACUUGCAUAUUCUCAUACUUAAAACCUCAGCCUAAGGUUAGGCAUGAGAGAGACAAAAUUAUCUCUGCGUUUUAUGGAAUAGUAACACCCAUGUUGAAUCCUUUAAUCUAUACACUGCGAAAUCAGGAUGUGAUAGGAGCACUUAAAAGACUUGGGGAUAAGAAAGUUUGA